UCUCAAGCUCAACACAACACUUUGCCAAUUACGAACUAUUCCGAGUUUACAAAUAUCCAAAAUCACUCACGGAGCAAUCAGGGACUCAAUCCUCCCCUCGAAAAUCGAACAUUGACGAAGUUGCACCACAUCGGCCUGUACCGAUCCAGAAAUCGGCUGACAUUCGGUCCUCAUCGCACCACCCACAAACCGAUAUCAUACGACCAACAUCACUGUCCCACACGAACACACAUUCAGUAACGUCGAUAUAAGAUGAAAAUAAUCCGUCUACAAGAUGAAUAUGCAAGUGUCCGUCUACCAAGCAUUUCACUGCAUUUCACACCAGAAAUUCAAACGAGCCAAUCACAUUUUUACUUCCCAAUAUCAACGCAAUAAUCAUGUCAGCCGCAAAGAACGUAGCUUUGGUAGCACUCGGUGCGCUCGGAGCCGUGGUAGCAGUCAAUCAGUUAGCAAAGCCAGCGAAAACGGCUGGGAUUGCGAAUGCGAUGAGGCAACAGUUGGAUGAGUACAAUUUGAAUGUGCAGCCUGAACAAGACCCAAAUGACACUAUCUUCGACCGAACGAAGAUCUUGAACGAUGUCAAGGCGAGGAAACCGUGGAAUAUGAGUUAUGCGGAGAAGGAGAGAGUGAAGAGAGAAGAGUAGAGAUGGAAUGGUUUUACAG